AUGGCGCUGGCGGCCUAUAGACACCUACUCCGAGCGACACGCAUAGCAUUUCCAGGCGACUACCAUCUCCUCCAUGCUGCCCGCACGCAAGCACGCACAGGAUUCGACACAUUAAGAUCACUGGACCCUGACUCAGAGGAGGCAAUCAAGGGGAUCGCACAUGCUGAGGGUGUGGCUUCAAUAUUACGACACAAUGUUGUGCAAGGAAAGCAGGUAGAGGGGUCAGAUGUGAUACGACUGACUAUACACGAGGACACAGAGAAAGGCGACAAUGACACUGUGAAAAACCCAUUCGGCAAAGGCGGAAAGGUCAGGGUUGGCGGCAUAUGA